AUGGUUCAAAAAGAGAUCUCAAAAACUCCAUUCUCUAUCUACUGGUGGUUCUUCCAAGUCAUAGUAGUGUUAGGGUUAGCCUCAGUAGUAGUAUGGCUAAGUCUAAUCCCCAAAAACCCGGUCUUCACCGUCGCAGACAUCUACAUUCCAGCCUUAAACACCAGCAAUUCAACAGUCCAGCAACAUGAACUUAACAGAAACACUUCUCUCAUUUUCACUCUUCAAAUAUCAAAUCCUAACAAAGGUAUGGGCAUCUUCUACGAUGACAUCUUAAUUACUUUAUUUCACGUUGACGAUACGAUUGGCACCAAAACAAUUCCGGGUUUCUAUCAAGGCCACAAGAAGAAUCUUCUGUUGGAUGUGUUGAUCAAUGGUGAUACAGUGUUUUGGAGAGGAAUUGCCGACCGGGUUUUUGGAUUGAGGUUGUUUGUGGAGACUAAAGUUAAGUAUAAGGUGUUUAGGUGGAAGACAAAGCAUCAUUGGAUGGUUUGUGAAGCAUCUGCGAUGAUUGAUCCACAGGGAAGGAUAUAUGGGGAGAAGAAUAUAAGGCUACAUCACACAUUGAAGAUGGCAUAA